AUGCAUUUCCGUACAACUCCCGUGCAAUCAACCCACCCAUCAGCACCUGCGAAAUUGAAUCCUGCGAACUUGGAUCUCGUGCUGACAUUGUUCGCCAUCGCCUGGCGACAUUUCGCUCAACAUGGCAUCGCUUGCGUCGACUGCUCUCCUGCCGCGGGCUACCCUCUCGGCGCAUGCCUUCCGCCACUCCCGGUGCUCUCCGCGAAGCGACGCGUCACACCUGUGCGCGCCGCUGCCGCUGUAGCGGCGCCGCCGGCGACCGCGGCGGCGGUGAAGGCCGGCGCGCUGACGGACGUCGCGCAAGCCGUCUACUCGCGCGUCGUGCCGGCGGGGUUCGCGGCGGGCCUCGGGCUCACGGAGGUGUCGGUUGUCCUUUUCCUCCGCGAGAGCAUCGUUGGGCUGGCAACGCUCAUCGUCAUCUACUGCGCGCCGAGGAUCUGCCGCGCGCUCAACCACGUGUGGGGAACAUACGUGAUGAGCGACGAGGAGGUAACAGAGGAGGAGUUUGAAGACAGCAUGUUCGGCGCGCUCGUCCGCCCCAUGCAGUUCGCGCUCGCCUCUGCCUUCCUCACGCGCCAUCUGCAUGUGCUGGUGCCGGCGCUGAGGCAGGCGGGGCAGGCGGCGCUGAUGGCGAGGGCGAGGGGCGUGGCGCUCGUGGUGGCGGCCGCGUGGUUCGCCAUCGGCUGGAAGGACCGCAUUCUGAAGCUGGUGGCCGCUAGGCACCCCGACGACAAGCCGGUGCUGGCGAAUGUGAGUGCGGUGCUGACGCUGCUGCUGAGGGCUGUGGCGGGCAUCACCAUCGCCGACAUGUUCGGAGUCAGCCUCAAGUCGCUCAUCGCCAUUGGUGGCAUCUCAGGGUUCGCGCUGGCAUUCGCGUCGGAGAAGAUCGUGACCACUUCUUUGGCGGGCUGGUGCUGUUCCUGA